AUGGUGGUGCAGAGUAGCUUCUCCAUAGAGGAUGACAAAUAUGAUGAUGAUGGAAGCAUAAAACGAACAGGAACAUGGGUAACUGCGAGUGCACACAUAGUGACGGCUGUUAUAGGGUCUGGAGUGUUGUCGUUGGCAUGGGCCGUUGCUCAGUUGGGAUGGAUUGCAGGGACAGUCACUCUCGUACUCUUCUCGCUCAUCACUCUCCUCACUUCGAUUCUCAUGACUAACUGUUAUAGAUAUCCCGAUUCUAUUUACGGGAGUAGAAACCCUACCUACAUGAAGAUGGUCGAAAAUAUUUUAGGAGGAAUUCAAUACAAGUUUUGUGGAUUGGCACAGUACACAAAUCUUGUGGGUUGUACCAUUGGUUACACUCUCACAGCAUCCAUUAGUAUAGUGGCUAUAAAAAAAUCCAAUUGCUUUCAUAAGUAUGGCCAUGAAGCAGAUUGUAAUACUGCCAAUUAUCCAUAUACGGCCAUUUUUGGGAUCUUUCAGAUUUUUCUAAGCCAAAUUCCAGACUUCCAUGAACUUUCAUGGCUCUCUAUUGUUGCUGCUGUCAUGUCUUUCGGUUAUGCAUCUAUCGGCAUCGGUCUUUCCAUAGCGAAAAUUGCAGAAGGAGGACACCAUUUGGAGACAGGACUUACAGGAGUAGUUGUUGGAGUGGAUGUCACAAGUUCAAAUAAGAUCUGGAAUACCUUUCAAGCACUUGGAAACAUAGCUUUUGCAUAUGCUUUCAGUAUGGUUUUUGUUGAGAUACAGGAUACAUUGAAAUCGAACCCGCCAGAAAAUCAAACCAUGAAGAAAGCUACUGUGACUGGAAUUUCAAUCACCACACUGUUUUAUGCAUUAUGUGGUCUUCUAGGGUAUGCAGCAUUUGGGAAUAAUGCACCGGGAAACUUUUUAACCGGAUUUGGUUUUUACGAACCGUUUUGGCUCGUUGACAUUGGUAAUCUUUUCAUCAUUAUUCAUCUCAUCGGAGCUUAUCAGGUAUUUGCACAACCUGUAUUUUCUGCUGUGGAAAGUUGGGGUAGUAAGCGUUGGCCACAAAGCAAAUUCAUGACAAAAGAGUAUAAUGCAAGAAUUCCUUUAGUUGGUACAUGGAGAAUGAACAUGUUGAGGGUGAUAUGGAGGACAAUGUAUGUGAUAAUCACAACAUUGAUUGCUAUCAUAUUUCCGUUCUUCAACAGCAUUGUGGGUUUGCUAGGAGCUGUAACAUUCUUUCCCUUGACUGUGUACUUUCCAAUAGAGAUGUAUUUGACACAAGCUAAGGUUGUCAAGUACAGUUCUACAUGGAUAGGAAUGAAACUUCUAAAUGGCUUUUGCUUGAUUGUGAGUCUUGUUGCUGCAGUUGGAUCAAUUCAAGGAAUCGUCUCAGAACUCGAGACUUAUACGCCUUUCAAGUAA